UCUCUCUCCCCGUCCCAGGUUAAUGCACUUGUUCGUCCUCUGCCUGCAAGCCCAGGUAACUGUUCAGUCCCCACCUAAUUUUACACAGCAUGUGAGGGAGCAGAGCCUGGUGACAGAUCAGCUCAGCCGGCGGCUCGUCCGUACCUACCAGCUGUACAGCCGGACCAGCGGGAAACAUGUGCAGAUCUUGGACAACAAGAAAAUCAAUGCGAUGGCAGAGGAUGGAGAUGUGCAUGCCAAGCUCAUCGUGGAGACGGACACCUUUGGGAGCCGUGUGCGCAUCAAGGGAGCGGCCACAGGUUUCUACAUCUGCAUGAACAAGAAGGGGAAGCUGAUCGGCAAGAGCAACGGCAAAGGCAAGGACUGUGUCUUCACGGAGAUUGUCCUGGAGAACAACUACACGGCGCUGCAGAAUGCCAAGUACGAGGGCUGGUACAUGGCCUUCACCCGCAAGGGCCGCCCGCGCAAGGGCUCCAAGACCCGGCAGCACCAAAGGGAGGUGCAUUUCAUGAAGAGGCUUCCCAAGGGCCACCAGACCACUGAGCCCCACAGACGCUUUGAGUUCCUCAACUACCCCUUCAACCGGAGAAGUAAAAGGACUAGAAACUCCAGCUCCAAGGUGGGCCCUUGAUGAGCCCAUCUCUGGCCGCACCUCUCCUGGAGGACUCUCCUCUGAGCUUGCUGGACUAUUUGUAGAGACUUUCCCAUAUGGGUAUUAAACAAAACACAAAAAAAGGGUGGGGGGAAGAUAAAAGAAAUUACCUGCUCUAGUUGUUGAUAAUUUGGGGGGGGGUUGUUUGGUUUUUACAAAAAAAAAAA